AUGUGGGGCAAACUUCAUCAAUUUGCCAAUGAAUUAAUGGCUCCUAUUGAAGAGGAAGAAGAAGAGGAAGAGGAAAACACUCAUCAUCACCAACAACAACAACUGCAGCCUCCAGCAUCGGUCAUCUCUCAACAACAUAAACAUCAUCAUCCACCCAAAGAGGAUUCCUUCUUUGCUCAGCCUUUUCUUUCUCCUCAAUCACAACCACAACAACCACAACCACAACAACAACCACAUUAUCCUCCACAAGCAAAUGUAAAGGCAUCUCAGACUAUUCCGAAUUCCUUGUACAACAAUUAUACACAGCCUCCUCCUCCACAAACCACGAUGAUGAUGAAUCAUUCUAUGAAUUAUCAACAACAACACCAACAACAACUACCAUACAAGUCUUACGGAACAACAUCAACCACUUCCUCUUCUAUACAGAAUUCAUCCACACCCAAUAUUACAUCUCGGCUUUCUCCGGUAUCAUCGGUUUCAUCCUCAUCACUUCCAUCUUCCUUCUUUCAACCAUCAUCCAAUUACUACCAACAACAAGUACAGGGCAGUGCUGAUUUGAAAAGAGUUUCAUCAUCAUCCAGUUUGGAAAGUAGUCGAUCCAUCACUCCGACACUCCUCACGAUCCAUCAGGUUCAACCACAACAACAAGCACAUGGAAUGACUGCCAAGUCAAGUAGUAGUAGAUCAACAACUCCGAUUCAUAUGAGUAGUAGUGCGAAUAAGCUACCUGAAAUGCCACCUGGUUUACUUGUGGAUGGGAUGACAAAACCGUACAAUGAAACAACAAAAACUGAUAAUAAGAAUUAUAUUCAUGUUAAAUUAUUCGUUGGAGAUGAAGUGCUGAAUCAUGAGAAAUAUGUAGAAUAUUUACAGAGCCAUAUUACUUUUUUGCAAGGAGAAAUUGUAAAUCAAGCAGAUAGAUAUGAAAAAGAGAAACAAGAAUUGAAACAUAUCAUGGAAAAUGUGCAACAAGCAUACAGAGAACAGAAUUUGAAAAUGAAUGAAUAUUUAGAAAAAAAUCGAAGAUUAGAAUAUGAUUUACAACAAGCCAAUUUAAAUGCCAACACUCAAAUUUCCAAAUUAGAGAGUACGGUCAAUGAAUUGAAUAAUCAAAAGAAACAACUCAUUCAGAAUAUUAAUGAACAAAAUCAAAGGAUCCAACAAGUGUAUUCCGAGUUGACCAAGGAGCAACAGUUAAGCAAACAAUAUCUUAAUGAAGUUGAACGACUGAAAUCUUCACAAAAACAGUUAGAAAUUCAGUACGGUGGAUAUGCCGUAUUGCUUGAGGAAAGAGAGAACGAGUUGGCAAAUUUAGAAACAGCUUUAGGACAAUUACAAAUGGCAUCUGAAAAGGAAAGCUCAAAAUUGAAACAAAUCAUUCAAAAGAAGGAUGAAGAAAUUACAAAACUAAAGAAUUUAAACACCACUCUUAAACAAGAGGCAGAUCAAGUUGAAGAUUUGAAAAAAGAAAUUGAAGAAUUGAAAACAAAGCUUAGUGAGCAGGAGGAAACAAACACCAAUAUGCAAGAAUUGAACAACUCUCAAAGCGAAAUUGUGACACGAAUGCUUGAAGAUUGUAUGAGCAGGCUAAACGAUGAAAAUCUGGUGGAUAGACGUGUUGUUUCCCGAAUGCUUCUCACUUUAGUCUCCAACAUUGGUGACAUGACACAACAACAAGCUGUAUUUAAAUUCCUUCUCAAAACUCUUAAUAUCACUUCAUUCGAAGAAGAACAAUUGUUGCAAAGUGCCCUUGUCUAUUUACAACAAGAACGAUUCAAGCAGCUACUCACUCGAAAGAAAACAUUUUCAGAAUUGUUCGUGACUUAUUUGUUGGAGGAAGCAAAUAAACCUCCAAACAAACCUUAA